AUGUCAUAUCUCGAAACACCAGGGGCGAGCAUAUACCAUGAAGUGGUCGGUGAGGGACCUCCGCUACUCUGCAUCUCUGGUGCCAACGGUUCCUGUGAGCCCUGGCGCGGUUUCGCCCAGUGCUUGAAAGACCGAUUUACCGUCAUCAUGUACGACCGUCGCGGGUUCUCGAGAAGCCAACUCAAAGGACGCCAGGAAUACGACCGUCGCCUAGAGGUCGAUAGCGACGAUGCUGCCGCCCUCAUCAAGCAUAUCUCUCCUGCUGGCACCGCCGCGGUCAUCGGCAACAGCUCUGGAGCCAUCGUGGCACUGAAGCUCCUUGCGGGGCAUCCGGACGUUAUUCAAACGUUGAUCUCGUACGAGCCACCACUCGCCAGCGUCCUGCCUGACAUGGACGCUUUAUGGCAACAGCACGAAACCACCUACACCACCUACCGCCGCUUCGGCAUCCCUCCCGCUUUGGAGCACUUUGCGAAAUUGACACAGGCUGACCAGAAGCCGAUACUUGCCAUGCUUGAGAGCCGAGACAAUCCGUUCCUGUUCUCCAACAUGCAGCACUGGUUCGAGCGGGAGUUCAUGUUCUACCCAAAGGCGGAAUUUGAUGUCCAGAAUGAAUUGGGACCACACAAAGGAAAGCUCGUGUUGGCCAACGGUGUACUCUCGCCAAAGGGUGCUUAUCAGUAUCGCGGGAAUGUUGAGCUAGGGAAACUGCUUGGGCUGAAGGUAGUGGAUGUGCCUGGUGAGCACGUCGGAUAUGCAACCCAUGCUUCAGAGUUCUCAGAGAGGGUGGCUGAAAUUCUUAACGCUCGGAGUUGA